UUCGGGAGCCGUCGGCCUCUUCCGGUUUCAUGACACAAAAAGAGACACGGAAAACACAGGGAAAAUACAAUUCUCGGGGAGAACAGCGGAAACUCAACUCUACGGGGUCGAUUAUUAUUAACUACUGACUCGGAGGCGACGCGAUUAAACGUCAAGUAUAAGCCACUGCAGCGGGUCGAGGCAGCAAGAGAGCCCGGAGGUCAGGAGUUUAUUGUUCUUCGCCGCUCUUGCUCGCUCCCUCCAGCUGAGCUAUUUCUGUAUUUGCCCUGCGCUACGUAGCCGAACGUCGGCCAGCGCUGGAUGCCAACGCGGUGUGUGUUCCCAGCUCUCAGUUGAGCAACAGCGAGCGGCUCUGACGGAAAGAAAAACAGCGCGGGUUAUCCGUUUGGUGGACCUCCUUUAGCUCGGACGGCUGCUCAGGUUGGGCGAGAAUGGCAACGUCGGCUCUGUACGCCUGCACGAAGUGUAACCAGCGGUACCCCUUCGAGGAGCUGUCGCAGGGCCAGCAGCUUUGCAAGGAGUGUCGCAUUGCGCAUCCAAUUGUGAAGUGUACAUACUGCAGAUCUGAGUUUCAGCAGGAGAGUAAAACAAAUACAAUCUGCAAGAAAUGUGCUCAGAACGUCAAACAGUUUGGAACGCCCAAACCCUGCCAGUACUGUAACAUCAUUGCAGCUUUCAUCGGGACAAAAUGCCAGCGCUGUACCAAUUCAGAAAAGAAAUAUGGACCCCCACAGACCUGUGAGCAGUGCAAGCAGCAGUGCGCUUUUGACCGUAAGGAGGAAGGCAGAAGAAAGGUGGAUGGCAAGCUGCUGUGCUGGCUCUGCACUCUGUCUUACCGCCGUGUCCUGCAGAAAACUAAGGAACAGAGGAAGGGCUUUGGCUCCUCCAACUCCUCAUCCCUCAAUGAGAAAGACCACCACUCCAGAUCACAUCACCAUCAUCAUCACCACCACCACCACCCGCACAGACACAGCAGUUCCCACCACAAACUGAGUGGGAGCCUGAGUCCUGAGCAAGAACCGGGACUGUGGAAGCAGAGUCAUAAAUCAUCUUCAAUCCAGAAGGAGACUCUAAAGAAGAAACCAAAAUUGGAGAUGAAGCCAUCCAAUGGGGACAGUAGUUCCAUCGCCCAGUCCAUGGACUCUGGUGGAACAGACAACUUCAUUCUCAUCAGCCAGUUGAAAGAGGAAGUGAUGUCCCUGAAGAGGCUUCUUCAGCAAAGGGAUCAGACCAUCCUUGAGAAGGACCGAAAGCUCACAGAGCUUAAAGCAGACUUUCAGUACCAGGAGUCAAAUAUGAGAGUGAAGAUGAACCAAAUGGAGAAGGCUCACAAAGAAGCCAUGGAGCUACAGCAGGCCAAGAACAGGGAACUGAUGAAACAAGUGGCUGCCCUUUCGAAGGGCAAAAAGUUUGACCGGACAGGAAGCUCAUUGCUGUUGCCCUAACAAUAGAGCGCUCAACGAGUAAAGGCAAACAGCGGCUUCAUUCUUUUAUCACUGUGAGAGUCUCCCUCAUGUUUUUCCACAUUGCCAUCUACUCUGAUUGCUUCCUACUUGCUGAAGCCAGAGACCCAUGCUGUACAAGGGAACCAGCUGUUACAUUAAUAAAACCAUUCUCUAAAACGCAGCAUUUUAGGUGUGACGUGGGGAGAUUCCCUUGAGGGUUAUGACUUUAGAUGGCGUGGAGGAUGGAGCCCUUGUUUCUAACACUGCCGGGCCAAAAACAAAACAAGCUUGGUGUGAUAAUGUGGAAAGCAUUCUGAUGACUUGAUUUUAUGGAUGUCAUGCAUUUAUUUAUUCAGCUGUAUUUUUGUUUUUUCCCUCACAGCAUACUGGAACAGUAUCCCACAUUUUGGGGGUUUCUUCCAAUAGCAAUCAUCAGUAAUAUUUUUCUAAGUUAAUGCAAUUGUGCAAGAUGAUCUGUUCUUAACAGAAAUUAUGUGAAACUUUACAAUGUAUGCAAAUGCCAAAAGGGUUACCAUCAACCAGCAGAGAACUCCCUGGAACGAGUCAGAAAACAACCAGUGAGCACUCGGGUUGUCUGAGGCCUAUUGGCUUCCCACUUUCUCACUCUGUGACAGCUGUGGUGCUUUACUGGUUCUCUGUAUUGGAACGGUUGUAACACCGCAUGAUUUUACUGCCAGACACCAGAAUGAUGUUGUGGUGAACCUUCUUUCUCCUCCUCCUUUUAAUAGUUUUUUUGUUUUUAAGAAUAACUUUUAAAUGUAUUUUUGGGCUCAGCCAUUGUAUUAAACCAUUGCUUCUGUUUUAGUGAGUAUGUUAUGUGUAUAGUAAGGCCAGUUGAAAUUAAGUUGUCUGUAGAAAAUGCUUUUUAAAGGAACACACCUAUCACCCUACAUUACUGGGUUGGUUUCAUACUGUGGCGUUCAGGAUCACUUUUGUACUUUUUUUCAAACUCAAGUGUUUAAAACUAAUACAAACUGGCUAAACUGUUA